GAUGUCAUUAUAAGUAUGGAUGAAGGUCUGCAGAUGGUAAAUGCUGUUUGCGAUCAAGCUGAAAGAAUUUUAUCUUUCACCACAAUGGAGGGUAAACAAUGGAUAGAGCAGCAGGUUACAGAACUGACUAAUAACUGGGAGGAGCUCAACUCGGACAUUUCUGAGUGCAGUGCAGUACUGGAGGGUGUACAGCAUAGGUGGCAUGAGUAUGAAGAGUACUAUGGUAGCCUCAUCAAAUGGCUUGCUGACACAGAAAGCUAUCUGCAGUCAUCCCCAGAAAUAAUUGCUGAACUAUCAGACAGGAAGAGGCAGCUAGAUGAAUUUAAGAUGAUUACAGCUGAUGUAGACAACCAUAAUAGGCUGGUGAAUGAACUGGCUGAGAGGGUUGCAAAUUUAGAAGCUUUAUGUGACAACCCAGAGGUGACAGACUCUCUAGCAGAAAUACAAGACAGAUAUGCCAGUGUUGUUAAGAGAUCAAAGGUAGUAAUAUUUAUACAUGACUCGUUGAUACCACUCCUGCCAAACUAUGUCAAACCUAUUGGAUUUUCUCACUAUGAAUAA